AUGGAAGAGCAGCGCUCCAACAAGAAACGACGACACAAUGACGACGAAGCCGCCAAAGAGCAGGGCAAAAGAACAAAAUUUGACAACAAGGAUGACCUUGACCGAUACACCAUAGGGUGGGUUUGUGCGCUUCCAAAAGAGCAGACGGCAGCGAGAGCGAUUCUGGAUGAAGAAUUCCGGGAUGUUCAUAUUCGCAAGGCGACCAACGACACCAACACGUACAUCCUAGGCUCAGUUGGCAGCCAUAACAUCGUCAUAGCAUGCCUUCCAAAAGGUCAGCUAGGCAUUGUUAGAGCCUCAAAGGUUGCAACAAGCAUGACUUCCACGUUUCGGAACAUUAAGUUCGUCCUGAUGGUUGGCAUUGGAGGUGGCGUUCCGUCUGAACGAAACGAUGUCAGACUCGGCGAUGUUGUUGUCAGUACCCCGACAGGACAGUAUCCCGGCGUCGUCCAGUGGGACUUCGGGAAGACGAAUGACGGAAAAUUCGAAAGGACUGGCUCACUAAACAAGCCACCAACGUUUCUCCUCACUGCCAUCUCUAAGAUGGAAAGCAACCAUGAGAUGGAGGGAUCAAAGAUUCAAGAAAACCUCGACACGAUGUUCAAUAAAUGGCCAAGGUUGAAAGCAAAAUACGCGAGAUCCGAUAAGCUCAAGGACUUUUUGUUUUCUGCGAACUACAACCAUAUUGAUCACCCGAACCCCAGACUGACCAUAGGUGCCGGGGAAAACCAGGAGUCGCUACAGAGUGGCGUUGACUGUUUGUACUGUGACCCCUCGAAAGCAAGGAAAAGAGAGAUCGCAGGAUCCGUCGUCCACUACGGUCUUAUUGCCUCUGGAAACCAAGUAAUCAAGGAUGCUACAUACCGGGAUCAGAUCAACAAGAACCUCAACGGUAACGCUCUAUGUAUAGAAAUGGAAGCGGCUGGUCUGAUAGACGAUUUCCCAUGCCUUGUUAUCCGCGGCAUUUCCGAUUACGCAGACUCUCACAAAAACAACAUGUGGCAGGAGCACGCCGCUGCUGUUGCCGCUGCAUUAACGAAGGAGCUACUGGAGAACGUGCAACCAGUGGAAGUUGAAAGUGAGAGAACGGUGCUGGAAAAGAUUGCUCGGAGUUUGCAAGAGAACUUGGCAGACAUCCACUACGUUGGCUUCCAAAAGUGA